ACACAUCACCAUCCAACUCACAACCACUCAGUUUCUUUCGUCUCUUUUCCUGUUUCCUUGUUUCCUUGUUUCCUAUCUGGGUCUCAUUCAUUCUUCACUUGUCAAGUACAACACAUUCUCUUCAUCUGCCGGCAGAUCGCAUACGUUCCUUGCGAUUUAAAAGUACUUCGUUCGCUCAGUCUCUACACGGUCCUUUACGAGCCUCCUUUAUACCGCCUACCCAGGGAAACCCACAUUCACUCAACAAACAUGCCUGUCCCAAGCUACGGAGCCAUGCCUUUGAGCAAGAUGUUCUUGGCUGUUCGCGUCCUCCAGGCAAUCUGCAUGAUCAUUGUGAUCGGAAUCACAUCCAACUUCGUGCAGAUGAUUGUGACCACUGGUGUUGAGCCUCCAAAAGAGUUUGUCGGCACACUCAGUGUAACAUGCAUCGCCACGCUCUACAUCAUGGUCAGCGUCGGUUACUACUGGUCCUACGCAAACCUUGGUCUUCUUGUCAUGACCGGUGUCGACUCCCUCCUCCUCAUCGCCUUCAUCGUCUGUGCAGUCACGCUUGGAAAGCCAAUGUCUUUCCUGAACUGUUACGUUAUUGGCAAAUCAUCCAAGGAUGUCGACGCCGCCUACGCCUUUGCCUUCGUCACUGCCACAACCCAGAAUCUCAACGAGUCUGGCGCUGGCCUUGAUCUCCGCCACUGGGCUGGUGUGACUCGCAGCAACUGCUUCCAGGCCAAGGCCGUCUGGGGUAUGGCUAUCGCUCUCUGCAUCCUAUUCACCGUCUCAUGCGCUCUUUUGCCCACUCUCUGGUACAAGAACAAGAAGCCCGCCCCUAAGACUGUCGAGGAGGCCUAGUGGACUUUGCAACGAAAUACAACCGAGUCCAAGGAAUGUCACGUUCAACACGAUCUCUGCCAGCCUUUGAACACUCUUCAUCUUUUCCAUAAAAGUCAUACAAAAAACUGCAUCGCACGGGAGUUUGGAGUCUCUUUUUUGUUCUUUUCCGUCUUCUGUUCUUGUUAGACAUUGAAUGUCUCUAAUCCUAAUGGAUAUUUACGGGACUUGGUUCCCUCGCAAUACAAACAUCUUUGCACACAUUCU